AUGUCUUCUUCAGGUCAUAACUUCGGCUCCAAUUUUGGUGCAACAGUCGUAACGCUUUACCUCAAAAGUGAUCAAGUUCAGAAGCGAAUGACUGAAAGCUCACAUUCAUGUACGGGUCACACAGUUUUUCACCAAUCAACCCACCAAGAUUUAAGUGAAAUGGAUUUUGAGAGAGGGAUUUGGGGUGCUUCCACACGUGGUGAUAUUGAUCGCGUUCGGAAAUUGUUAGAUAAACAUAUAAAUGUUAAUAUACCAGACAGUUAUGGGUACACAGCUCUGCAUUAUGCUGCUAGAAAUAAUCAUAUAGAUAUUUGUAAUGUAUUAUUAGAAGCUGGGGCUGAUAUUUUCGCCAAGACAAGAAAUGACGGGGCUACACCUGCACAUCGAGCAGCGUAUGCAGGACAUCUUAAUAUUUUAAAACUGCUUGUCGGCAAAGGAGGAGCACCAGUUUUAGAAUCUCGUGAUAACUAUGGUAGGAACUGCUUGCAUCACGCGUACCGGGGGAAACAGAAAAAUACAAUAGAUUGGUUGUUGGAGAGCUAUCCUAAUCUGUCUAGUACUAAAGACAACAAUGGUUUUCUUCCUGACUCCGUUGGUCAGUCAACCAAUGAAGUUCACUGUCAUGAAUUAAAUAUAUGGUCUGUGGUAGAUAAAUAACUCACAUUGAGGCUUUUCUUUUAUAUCCAAACCUGAUUUUGUGUAUAACUAGGCCACUGUGUACAUUCAUCACCACAUACUUUAAAACUGAUGGUUGAGUAAGAUCUGAGUUGGAAAUAGCACUAGUUUACCACUUUUUGUUUAGAUUGUUGCCGUAAAUUCGUACUAUUAUCUAACAACUUAAAAGUCAGAUUUCACAGAAAAGCGACAGAGCAAUCUUCCAACGCUACACAUUGCCUGUAAUCAUGCAAACGUAAAUACACAAUUAGUCUUUAGUUUGUUUCAUGAUUAAAGUAUUACCUCGUGAAUGGUAUUUGUAUUGCUACUUAAUUACUAGAUAGUAAUGUAUUUUUACGUAUUCAUGUUCCUUAGUAUUACUUUAGCACAGAGUAUUUUAGCAUACAACACCUUCCCUCUAGUUCAAGCUAUAUAUUUGAUACUGUGGUCUAAAUUCAAUUUGACGUAUAAUACUGUCAGCAUGGUGGCAACGUUAAUCAUUUUAAACAAUACGGUUGGUAUUCAGUACUGUGGAUAAUAAAUCUAAGGCUAUUUAGUUUAUUUGUUACUGGCUGGUUACAAGAUCUAAAGUUCCUUAGGAUUUACGUUUCAUUAGAAAAAGCGUCAUGGUCGUCGCAGUUCUGUCCAGAGUCUAUGAAAUUAUUUUUGGUUCCCUUGCUACGUGUGUCCAUUCAUUACUGGUACUGUCUAGUUAAUCUACUUUGCAAGAUCCAUCGCUUUGUUAAGUAACGGUAUUUAUACGGUAAACAACAAUGUUAAAGACACAGUAUGUGUAUUUAUGUCUAAGUCACCAAAACGGGUGUUUUGAGAAGUUAACAAUAAUUUUAUCGUCUUCAUUAUUACCGAAAACACGUUAUCAGACCUCAUCAGUGCUUGCAUAGUGUUGUCAUGGGAUGCGACAAUUCCUUUGGAGGACGGUGUUAAGUACAGAAAGAUAUCUAGCAUUUUCGGAUCGAACAAACUAAGUUCCCAUAAUAUACGACAGAGUUGCCGUACGUCAUGGCAGUUUAUUCCACCUUUUGUAGUGUGGUAUAAAAAAUAACCAGGUCUCCAUGACUUGGCGCCUGUCAUAAAAGAAUUAAUGCUCGAACAUAUGAAAUCCUCGACUAUUUUUGGCGAACCACGUAAGGCUUCCAACAUCGACUUUCCUGUCGUAGUAGUGUGGUGUGUGCUACUUAUAUUGACAUAAGUAGUAUGUGAUUUAGACUUGAAUAGGUCUGGCAGCAGAGAGACAAGAGGAUCGAACAGUAAAGAAUCGAAACAGAAUGCAAUUUGUGUGAAAAUGCAAGAACAAUGAAGUAUAAGUCAUUUUGAGACAAUUGGUGGACAUUUUG